GUUGAUAUGUUUUCUGGUGCCUGGUGUUGUUUCUUUUUGUACACCAGAUCCCUUGUGGACCUGAAACCUUGCCUUAAGCCUGCUUAAGAACUCUAACCUCUUGGUCAUCUGCCUCUCCUUGCUGUAUCUACCCUAUUCCUCUCCUGGACUUGGGACCUGUUCUUGUCCACAGGCAGAUGGUUGGGGCUCUAUUUCAUCCGAGGCAGAACUUGCAGAGCCAGGAUACUGUGAUACUGCCUCUGGGAUUUGAACUUACUGGAUUGACGCCUUGGAUACUGAGGACAGGCUAGCUGAGAGCUGGGCUCUUUGGCUAUUACGAUUUGGGCCCAUUUUGAGGGUCAGCUUUUCAUUUGCAUCAGGCUCUAGAACACCCUAGACUUCAUCCAGUCAUUAUUUAGAUCCCUUUCCUGACUAUACCUGUUGGAUUCUUUGCCUUCUUAGUUGACUCAUGUAAUGGGUGAUUUAUAUCCCCCAUUUUCAGUGGUAGCUAUUUUUAAGUAUUUGAUAGUCUACCCAUGUCUUCUCUCAGUUUUGAACUUUCAUUUGACCAAGUAGCUGUUGUAUUUUCCCAUGGCACAUUUGUUUAUGGUCUGUCUUUCCUUCUAGAUUAUGUGUACCCCGAGUGUUGAAACUGAAUCUGUGCUCUUCCUGGUGGUGUUCUCAGCACUCAGUACAGUGCCUGGCAAAUAGCAGGUUGUGCUUUAAGAAGACUAUAGGCAAGAACACAUUUUCUUCUUGCCACAAAAGUUGCAAUAGAAAAUCUGUGAAGUCUUAAAAGGACCGAUGAGUAUUCUCAUCAUUGAAGCGUUCUAUGGAGGGUCCCAUAAACAGCUGGCGGAUCUGCUCCAAGAAGAGUUAGAAGACUGUGUCCUUUAUUCCCUUCCUGCAAAGAAAUGGCAUUGGAGAGCGCGCACAUCGGCUUUAUACUUCUCCCAGAAUAUUCCCAUCAGUGAACAGUACAGGACCCUCUUUGCAAGCUCAGUGCUGAACCUGACUGAACUGACUGCCCUUCGGCCUGACCUUGGGAAGUUGAAAAAGAUUCUGUACUUCCAUGAGAACCAAUUGGUAUAUCCUGUCAAGAAAUGUCAGGAGAGGGAUUUUCAGUAUGGAUACAACCAAAUUCUCUCAUGCCUGGUGGCUGAUGUGGUGGUAUUCAACUCGGUUUUUAACAUGGAGUCAUUUCUCACCUCUAUUGGAAAAUUUAUGAAGCUGAUUCCUGAUCACAGACCCAAGGAUCUGGAAAGCAUCAUCAGACCCAAGUGCCAAGUUAUUUACUUUCCCAUCAGGUUUCCUGAUGUGAGCAGGACCUUUUCUCUUCUCAUUAACACCUCCACCAGAAUUGGAGCUGGGGAGGAGAAAGGAAAUGUUCAGACAUGUGCCUAUUUGCAUACUCACUCUCUUGAGUUAAUGCCAGGACGGCAGCACAUUCUGUCCAGUUCAAUAGAAAAGCCAGUUUCACCCCAUCGAUUCAUGCCCAAGCACAAAACAAUCCAUCUACAGAAGAUUCUCAGCCUUAAAGGAAAUGGUGGUGCUGCUCCAUCGAUGGCCCCUGCUUUCCACCAGGAGCAGAAAGGUUCUGAGAAUCUAUUGAAGAAUUUUAAUUCAGAGUCUGGACCCUGUAAUGCUGCACAACAAGAAAACCUGGGUAGCUCAUUAACGCAGGAGCCAGACUUGAGAACGUGCCACUCAUCAGAUAAUUCGAGCUCUCUUCAUGAGGAAGAUAAACAAAAUACGACUUCUAGUCCCUGUGACAUUUUCGGUGGAAUUGACGAUCCACAAAGACCACUGCACAUUGUGUGGCCUCACAGGUGGGAACAUGAUAAAGAUCCAGAGAGUUUUUUUAAGGUAUUAAUGCACCUUAAGGACUUAGGACUCAAUUUCCAUGUGUCUGUCCUUGGAGAAACCUUCACAGAUGUCCCAGAUGUAUUUUCAGAGUCCAAAAAGGCAUUGGGAUCGUCUGUCAUACACUGGGGCUACUUACCCAGCAAAGAUGACUAUUUCCAAGUACUGUGCACGGCUGAUGUUGUCAUCUCAACAGCUAAGCAUGAAUUCUUUGGAGUGGCGAUGUUGGAAGCUGUGUAUUGUGGUUGCUACCCACUUUGUCCCAAAGAUUUGGUUUAUCCUGAAAUAUUUCCAGCUGAAUAUCUGUAUUCUACACCUGAACAGCUUUCAAAAAGGCUCCAGAAUUUCUGCAAGAGGCCAGAUAUUAUAAGAAAACAUCUUUAUAAGGGUGAAAUGACUCCUUUUUCUUGGGCGGCCCUACAUGGUAAAUUCAGGUCUCUGCUUACAACAGAACCUAGGGAAGAUUUGUGACAGAUGGGGCUAAGUCACAAACUUGCAGCCUAAGGCAGAAUCUGUAGAACUUUCCAGAGUGUGCCCAUAUUUACCUGAUCAGAGAGAAAAGAAAAUCUGCAGAGGAAGCUGAGCCUGGCUGCUUGUCAUAGCUGACACAGAGCCAUCUGCCACAAACCUGUGGCGGCUUCAGAUCUCCCAUCCCUGCCACCACCCCAACUCAAAUUAAAUACAGAUUCCUAGAGACGUUAUGAUGGUUACACAUGUCCUCGGCAUCACAUGGAGGAGACUGUUCAAAAAAAUAUGUGGCCUGUUGUAUAACCGCACUCAUGUAUCCCAUAUGUGGUGCCACAUUGAAUUUCCGGUUGAAUCCGUUUUUAUCCUUUGUACUGGAUGACAUGGUGCCUGAAUUCUUUCUUUUUGCCGACACGAUGGCAGCCGAACUGCAGCUUCAAAAGCUCGCACUUGGCUGUGUUUCUACCUAGGUUGCCAGGUUAUCAUCGGAGCCUUCUUGUGUCCUCAAAGGGCCACAGGGUCUGAAGGGAGGAUCAGAAUGCUACCGGACUAAUUGGGCAGCCAUCUCAGAGUUGUUUGUGGGCAAAGGGCUGCUUUAGCACUUUUAUUUUAGCCAAUUAAUGACUCUCUGGCACGGGGGUGUUUAAGUGAAGGUAUUAAUAAGGGGUCUGGCAGGUAUUCCCAUGAUCCGCAGAGUUACAUUUGCAUUUAAUUUAUUUUAAAGUUGCAAGAUAAACAGCUGUAAUUUGGACAAACAUGGGAAAUACACUAAGUGGAGCCAUCUUGCCCAUAAAAUGAACACUGAGAUACUCGUUUCAAUUUUUUUUUCCCCUGGGGUAAAAAUAGAGAAAUCAAAAUACUUCUACUAAAAACAGUAAUUUUGAUAUAAAUAUUCCUCAAAAAUAUUUGCAUCCAGCUACAAAUAUGAUCUUUUCAAGAUAAAUCACUUAUGAUUCCAAUAGUCAAGCUGCUGUAUUUGUUGACAUAAAGAUGUUUUGAACGGCUAGAUUGUAAAAUAAAUUUUUAAUAAAGUGCCUACUGCAAUUUUUAAUUAGCAUA